AUGACUAGCCAAGGAGCUGUCAAACUGAAGGACAACCAAUGGGAAGUGUCCAACUACAAGAAUGAAAAAAAAGUCACACUUGACCAAGUACAAGUAAAUAAUGCAGUGAACAUAUACCACUGUGAAGGAACGACAUUCGUAAUCGAAAAUGAAAAGUUUAAAUCGCUUGCUAUGCACAAGUGUACCAAUUGUAACGUCGUUUUAAAAAAUUUAAUUUCAUCCAUCGAAAUAAUUAGUUCCAGUAAAGUGAAGGUGCAGGUUUUGGGUAAUUGUUCUUCCAUUUCGAUUGACAAAUCUACGGGAGUGCAGAUUUAUCUGUCCAAGGAGAACAAAGAGUCGGAGUUUACCACAGCACUGUCAUCCGAAAUGAACAUUCAUUUUGAAAACGAAAAUGGAGAAUGGACAGAAGUUACCAUUCCGGAACAGUUCCAACAUCGCCUAGUGAAUGGAAAGCUCACCACAAGAGUAUCAGAUCUAUACACAUUUUGA